AUGCCACCAAUGAAUUCAGAAACGGCCUCUGCCAACAAUUUACCAAUGGAUCUGUUGGCCCACGAAGGGACGAGUUUCAGGUUGAUUUCUGUUACGUUCAAGGAGGCGGCACUUGAUUCUCCCAGUUUUCGAGCCUCUAUGAAUCACUUGCACGGGCAAUUGCACAACAUCUCCAGCUGGGCAAGUGUUCUUCUUCAGGAAGCAGAACGACUUCCUAAGCGUGUGGAGGAAAUAAAGGCCACAAUGAGCUCCUUUUCCGAGUAUCUUUUACCCAGUUUUGCAGAUGAUGGAAUUUUGGAUCAAGAAACAACCGUUCCAUUACUUAAAAGUGUAUCCCAUGGACAUGAAGUUUUACUCAAAACAUUCUUCAAUUUGAUGUCAGUAGACCCACAACCAGUACGAGAGUUGGUUUCCAAAGUGCACACCUUAAUGGCCAAGUACAAAAGUCAGAAACAUCAAUUCGACUCGAUCCAAGAACGUUACGACCAGUAUUUUGCGGUGUACAUGCUGGCUCUGAAGUUCAAACAGGAGGAAAUGGCCAUUGAAGAUUCACAACAGUUGUUCCGUACAAGGAAAGCAUAUCUUCAUGCUUCCCUUGACUUGGCGGUUUUACUCGACGAAAUUUCGACAGAAUUGGAUACUCACUUCAUCGAUAUUGGUAAUAAGAUAUGGCUGCAAGCCGUUACCAACGAAGGAGUGUUUGGGUUUCUGGAAGUAUUUAGAACAACUACUUUGAAGAUCGAGCGAACAAAAAGUUGGGCCAAUGCCUACAGCAGGGCCACAAAACUAUUCAUUCAAGACAUUCAAGCGGCUAGAAAACAGAUUGAAGAGUCAACUAUCGAGUUGUUUGAUCCUUCCACUAGGCCUGAAGAUUAUGAUGCUUCUUUGAUCAGCCAGUACACUUUGAAUCAAAUAGACGAGCCUUCUUUUGAGAAGCAUGGAUAUCUUAUGAUGAAAACGUGGACAAAGAACUCCCUCAAGCCAAUAUGGGUUAAAAGAUGGGCUUUUAUCUCAGGUGGUGUCUUUGGGAUGCUUAUAUUGAGUCCUUCCAAGACCUUUGUCCAAGAAACAGAUAAAAUUGGAGUGGUGUUGAUGAAUAUAAGGUAUGCAGCUCAGGAAGAUAGAAGAUUUUGUUUUGAGGUCAGAACCAGUGAUCAAGUUAUCGUGCUUCAGGCAGAAUCGUUGAUAGAUUUGAAGUCAUGGUUGAAGGUUUUUGAAAAUGAAAAGAGCAGAGUAUCACUAGAAGAUAAAGAUUCAACCGUUUUCAUAGUCGCUAGUUCACGAUUUCCUCCCCUAAUAACGGAGUUUGCUUCCACAAUGGAUACUGUUGUAGAUAAGCAAAUGUUGAAGACAAAGAUAAAGAAUGAUGAUGGCCGCACUGUUAGUUCAAAUACCCUUUCUACUAAAAUCAAACCCCACGAGAAGUACUUUCAAAAGUACCUUUAUUAUCAGAUUCCCCUGUUUAAACCUCCUUUGGUAACCAGUAACACCAAGACAGCCAUUCUAGCAAACUCAAUUGCCUCUUCGGCUCCGGUUCCUUCUGCAUUGACUGCAAAUUUGUGGGGGAGUGUAAACUGGGGAGUAUAUUAUCUUUAUAAUGGGAUGGCAUAUCAGGCUGAGACCCAGAAAUAUCCCGCAGGUCCAAGUCUCUUUCGGGCAUUUGAUUUCAAUACCAAGUCCCUGAUAAGAAAUAAUCGAUCUGAAAGCUACCCAGAUUUUCUUGUUUCCCAGGAUAUUGAAAUGAAGUCUUUAUUUGAAAGUGAGGUGGCGCCGGACGAGUAUUGCUUGGUCAGCUUCAAUUGUUUAUGGUCGCCAAACGCUAACCAGGAACUAUGCUCUCGUAUGUUUAUUACCGACAGAAGUGUGUUUUUAUGCAACCAAGUAUCUGGUUUUCGAUCAUUAUUGGCAUCUAAGAUCGGUGGCUUGGUGGCAGUUGAAUUAAGGGUACGAGAGGAUCACGAAGAAUUGACUGUACACCUUUUGAAUGAUUCAGUAGUGGUGAAGAUUUAUUUGGAAGAUGGUCAACUUAUUUACCGGUACCUUCAGUUCCUAAUCUCUAAUAAAGAAUCAGAAACUCCCAAAACAUUCAACGAGACAGUCAUUGGUCUUGUAGAAAUUAGUAAGGCAUACCAACAGGAGAAAUCCAUGCUUUCUCUACUGCACGCUCCCAGCGUUGACGACUCAUUGAGAACUCUUCAACUCAAAGAGAAACCGGCAUCUUCAGAUAAUCUCCGACUUGACUAUAGCAAUGAGUAUUCGGUUCAUUACGAAAAAGAAUAUCCUGUUUCCGCUAAGGCCAUGUGCCAUAUUAUGCUUGGAGAUGAUUCCCAUUUCUUCCUCCAAACAAGUGCUUUGUCAGCUUCCGCAGUCUUAAAGGGUCCUUGGACUCGGUUAAGUGACGGAAAAUUGAUAAAUACAUUUGAUUAUCGUUUUCCAAGAGUCUUUCAAGGCCUGGGUAAGUUUAUGGGUGUUUUAACAAUAGAAAAAAUGGUGGAAAAUGUUUACUACAACAUAACUCUCGAGAAGAAGUAUUUUUAUUUCUACGGGGCAAAAAUGUCAGCACAAGUGAGGUUUGUAAUAAAUGCUUCAAACUCCAGCAAUUGCAUUGUCCACACAUAUUCAGCCAUUCAAUUUUUUGGUGUUUCCCCUUUGAAUCUUCCCUUGAAGCCAGCUUUGCGCAGAUUCCAAAUCAGUGAAACGAACAAACAGCAUCAAUGGCUUAAAAGGGUUAUUAAAACCCUUGGUGAUAAAGGUCAAGUUGGUAAAGCCAUUUAUCUUUACGGAUCCAUAUCGGUAGCAGAUGUCCAACAGAAUAUGGAGGCACCUGUCUGUAGCAUUGAUGUACGGCUGGUUGUAUACCUCUUAGUGGUCAAGCCCUUGAUUGAGUUCAUUGUGUCCAUGAAGCAAAAAUGGCUUCAGGUGCUUGCUUUUAUCUUCGGCUAUGCCAAAGAGAUUACCGGCCAACGAUUAUUAUUGGCGAUUAUUGCCGUGUCCGGUUUGUUGAACUUGUUUUUGAUUUCCAAAACCAGCAUUUCCUACUGGACCGCACAACAAGCCCACAAUAAAGCGUUGAAGAUAUUCAAUUCUCAACCUAUUAUGCUUGAAAGGGCUGUAUACUUGAAGGAUAUCCAAGAGCUUACUUUUCAAGACAGUUCGAUUGGAGCCGGUGAGUCGCAGUCGUUGGAAUCUUUUAACAAGGCUUCGUUCAUAAGAAAUGUCGGUAGUUAUGUUGAUUUGGAACAGGAGUACAUCGAUGCAGACAUACGUGAGUCAGCCAUGGGACUCAAAAGGUCAUUUGAGGAGAUCGGGGUCAAACGACACAAGGUUUUGAUGGAGUUAAGGAUUCUCAAUGACAUGGAGAAAGAGGUUGCAAACGCAGAGUACCGCAACUGGCUUGUGAGCGAGCUCCGCAAAUGUGAGAGAUUUAAGAAAACAGCUGCUGCUAAUGCUUUGAGCGAUUUAGGUGCAGAGAAUGUUUCAUUUGUCGAAGAAGGAAUGAAGAGUAUAGACGAAUAUUGCAGAGGGUGUCUUGAAGACUAUAAGGGUCUUCAUCUCGUUUGA